AUGUUGACAAUUCAAUGUUUAAAACAACAAUUCAUAAUUAUUUAUUUAUAUAAUCAAUCAUGGAAAAGUGUUCUAUGUAUGAAUGGAAACAAAUUACACAUGUUGGUUAUAACCUUAUUAAUUGGAUGUUUAAUUGAUUUUGCGUUAGCUGAAAAGCAUGAAUGUAAUCAAAAUACAUGUUACUCUGUAUUAUCAGAUACUGCUGCUCGUGUAAUUCAAUCCAACCGUUGUACAACAGAAGAACGUCAAAAACGUAUACAAUGUUUCGAGGUACUACCUGCGGAACAGUAUGCCAUACCAUUAGGACAUACUGUGAAUAUGCAAUGUGUUGUUUUAAAUCAGCAUGGAAAAGUUCAAUGGCGUGCAAAAAAAAUACUUCUUGGUUAUGAUCGUUCUAUACCGGGUUACUCUAGAUUUAGAAUAAUUGGUGAUGUUGGACGAGGAGAGCAUACAUUACAAAUUACAGAUGUUCAACGUGAUGAUGCUGGAGAAUAUGAAUGUCAAGUCACUCCAGUCCCAGUUAAUAAUCAUCCAUUAUUAAGAAGAAAAACGUAUCUAGAAGUUCUUAUUAAGCCGAAUGAACCACAGAUUUUAUAUCAAAAUGUACAGUUACCCGACAGGAAAUUGAUCAUAUCUCAACCAGAUCCUAUUUUGCGUAUUAGUUUGGUUUGUUCUGCAGUUGGUGGCCGACCAGCUCCAAAUUUCAAAUGGUUACUUAACCGUCAUGAAAUACCAAAUCUGGAGGUAAAAACUAAAACACCGAUGAGUCCUAAUGAUGUAGCCAAAAUGAAUAAUUUGCUCAAAAUUUGGGGUAAAUUACAUCCUAUUAUCAAUAAUCAAGAGAAUGAUGAACAAUCUAGUCUAAGUAUCCUUAAAGCUGGUUUAGAAGAUGGUGAUGAAAUUGUAUGCAGUGUAUCAAACGCUGCAACUCAAAUAAAUCAUGAUCCAAUGAAACGUAAUUUAUCGAUAACAAUUACUGUAGAAGUUCAUACUCCUCCCGGUCCUCCGAAAAUCGUCAGUCCUGAAACAAACCAUGUUUAUUUAGAUGGUGAACAGUUACGUGCAGUAUGUGUUUCCUCACCACCUGGCAAACCUUUAGGUGGACUAUUCUGGAGAUGGUUAAUAAGAACAAGUCAAGUUGAUGACAGCAAUAUUCAGAAAAUCAGUGGAAUUGGGGGUAGGGCGGUGCUAGACUCAGUGAUUACACAUCUGUUGAAGCCUAUCUACGAAGUUUAG